CGUCAUCGGGCUAGCAUGUUGCGCUCCAUAUUUUAGGUCAAGCUCUUAGGAGCAUAGCUCGCUGUGCUUUUUACAGAAGAACGCCACGCCGUCGCUUCGGGCGCGUUUCGGGCGCCCCGGCGGCCCGAAAAUGCAAGCACUAAUAGCACUGGUAUCAAUGUACUCCAUUAUUGUCGUGUUGGUCGACGCCCAGCCAUUGACGACAACGAAACCUCCACCUGCGCCGCUGCUGCCGCCGCCUGGGCCACCGGCUCCACGACCACCGCUACCGUCGCCGCGAGGGUACCCGCCCACCGCGCCUCCCCUGCCGCAGCUGCCUCAGGAGGGCCAGGUCCGCCUGGCGGAGAUCAGUGCGCCAGGCGAGGGGCGUGUGGAGGUUUUCCUCACCGCACAGCCGCCCGCGCCUGGUGUCGGCGAGGCAACCAGCGCCUGGGUCAGCGUGUGCGACGACAGGUGGACCGCCACGGAGGCGGCGGUGGUGUGCAAAAUGCUGGGCUUCGGGUGGGUGGGCGCGGCGGCUCUGCGCGGCCUCACCGCCCCGCCCGAGGUGCCCAUCGGACUAGACGGCGUGGACUGCUCCCGCACCACUCUGGGCGCGCCGGACGGCGAGCAGCUCGACACGCCGGACCUCCAACAGCCCCUGCCGCCCGCCGGCCCCAAUGUGACAUUGUUGGAAUGCGCCUCACAGCGCCGCGGCGCCACCGCCUGCCUGCCAAAGGAGGCCGCGGGCGUGCGCUGCCCGCCGCCGCCUCCCCCGCCUGCCCCGCCGCUCCCGGCCGGCGAGGACGCCUCGCCGCCGCCGCCCAGCCCGCGGCCGCCGCGCCGCCGCGACGUGGUGCUGCCGCCCGAGUGCGAGGGCUUUGGCGAUAAGAUCACGAACUUCCGUGGCCGCCUCAUGACCGAGCGCGCGGUGAAGCUGCGGGAGGAGUACUUUGGCGGCGGCGACGGCAGUGGCGGCGGCGGCGGAGAGUUUGGGGCCCCGCCGGGCUCGCUUGGCGGCGGCGGGCCGGUGGCGAUUGACCCGGAGGUGCCGGACUGGUUGAAGCACACCGACCUCUACAAGACAACGCUGCCGCACGGCUCGCUGCGUCUGGUGGGCGGUCCCUCGCCGCAGUCGGGUGUGGUGCUGCUCAGCUGGUGCGGCUACAGCGGCACUCUGUCCAUGCAGCCCACACAGCACCUGGAGACGGACCUGCGCGGCGGCGGCCUGGCGGCGGUGCGGCGGCCGGCGGCGGCGGCCAACGAGACGGCGGCUCGCGUGGUGAACGAGCUGCGUGCAGCAGCCGUGUGCAGCGCACUGGGGUUCCAGUACAGCAGGUCCAAGCGCGGCAGCAAACGCUACGGCCUGGGUGCAGGCCUGGUGUUCGACGCGGCUCCCAUCUGCAUGCGCGGAGCCUAUGACUUCGCCGCGGCGCUGCUGGCGCCUGUGGGCUCCGACGGUGGCCCCUCCGCCGCCUCCGUCGCUAUGCCUGGCGGCCUGCCGGGGGUGGUGUUCCCAGGGGCCUGCAGCGGUCCCUUCGUGGGCGGCCCGAGCGCAGCGGGCGGCGGCGCCGGAGGAAGCAGCGGCGGCGGCUACUGGGGCGAUGUGCAGCUGUCGGCAUCAGGUCAUGAUCGCGACCUGUCCGUGGAGUGCUUCAAUGACCCGGACGAGAUACACGGCCCCCUGGACCCCAGCCCGCCGCCCGAGGGCGCUCUGCGGCUGGUGCUGUACGUGCAGGAGCCCGGCGCCGCCACCAGCUGGCCGGACUCCACCGCAGGCGGCACAGGCUUUGUGCAGAUAUACCGCGACGGCAGCUGGGGCGCCAUUUGCUCCACGGGCUGGGACGACGCGGACGCAGAGGUGGCGUGCCGCCAGCUGGGCUACGCGGCCGGCGGCGCCGCCUGGGGCUCCAGCUGGCCGGACCGCUUCCCCGCCUCUGACUGGGCUGGCCGCUGGCGCGACAUCGUUCUGACUGACGUCACAUGCCCCUCCGCGUCGGACGGGGACGGAGCCGACGGCGUGCCUGUCGAGGUGCCCCCGCGCCUGGACCUGUGCCCGGCGUCUACCGAUGCCGCCUCGUGUCACUACACGGAUCUGGCUGGUGUGAAGUGCAACCCCGCGCCGCCUCCGCCGUCGCCAACCCCGCCGCUACCUCACCCGCCGCCGCCAUCGCCCCCUCCCUCGCCUGCGCCGCCGCCGCGGCCACCUGCUCCGCCUCUGCCGCCCUCGCCGCGGCCCUCGCCACCCUCCCCGCCCUCCCCACGCCCUCCUUCGCCCGCUCCGCCCUCCCCGCCCUCCCCGCGGCCCCCCAGCCCCGCUCCCCCCGCUCCGCCCUCGCCACCCUCCCCGCCUUCACCUCCCUUGCCUCGCCCGCCCACGCCCUCCCCGCCUUCGCCUCCCUCGCCCCGCCCCUCGCCUCCCGCACCUCCGCCCUCCCCAGCCACCCGGUCCGCCCUCUCCAGCCUCGCCCUCGCCCUCGGCACCGCCGCGCCUCCGCCCCAGCUCCCGCCCGCCUCGCAACCAAAACCGCCGGUCCUUGAAGGCCCCACCGGCUGCCGGACCUGCGUCACACUCCGCAUCGACAUCCGCCUGGGUCGGACCAUGGAUCCCUUCCCACGGGAGGCCUGCGACCGCCUGGCUGACGGGGUCACCAUGGCCCUAGCCACGCCGCCUCUGGAUGGCGACGGCGUCACGCCACCCGCCUCCGUGCUGUACCCCUUCUACUGCUCCUCGCCGCCGGUGCAGCCAUCGCCGCCGCCGCCGUGCGCUGACUCGGGAGGCAAUGGAGAGGAGGGGACGGCGGGCGGAAUGGCAGGAGGAGGAGGCAGCCCCCACUGGCACGAGAUGACGGUGUGCGGCGCGGUGGAGGACGGCGGCGCGCUGGUGGCGUACCUGUCGGACCCCGUGGUGUCCAACAACCUGUUGCGCACCAACAUGGGCACCGCGCUGCUUGACGCCAUGAACGUGGCCGCGCCCUGCGCCGCCCUGGAUGUCGACUAUGACUACGAGGUCACCGGGCCCGCCCUGGGGCCCACCCUGCUGUUCAGCGUCUGCCCCGCCUCCGCCGACCCUGGCGCGACGCCUAGCAGCGAAGGUGUGGGAGGGCAGGGCGGUGGCGCGGGCGCGCCACCGCUGCUGGCUACGGUGGAGCAAGGCAACGGGGCGGACGGCGAGCGGGAGGUGACGUGGACGCCGGACGCGCAGUGCGACCCCAAUGCGCCCAAGUGGACCUUCCCGCCCGCGCCGGAGCCGGCGGAGCAGCCCGGCGACGCGCCGCCGCCGGACGGCGACACAGGCGGAGAUUCGUCGCCGCCGCCGCCCGAGGGGGAGCAGCCGCCGCCCCAGCUUCCCAGCCCGGCCGCAGUGCCGCCGUCUCCCCCAUCGCCACCCGCCCCGCGGCCGCCGCCGCGGCCGCCGCGGCCGCCGCCGCUGCCUCCCUCGCCGCCGCCGCUGCCGUACACAGCGCCGCCGCUCGUGGCCUGCGUCAACCGCAGCGCGCUCUACCAGACCCCCGAGCAGCUCAUCCUGAUCACUGGCAGCUCGCCAUCCACCUUUCCUUCGCUGUCGCUCCCCAACUGCGGCAGCUCGGCGCACUCCAAGGGCUCUUUCUUCUUCGGCUCUUGGACCUACUGGCCUUUCAUCGGCGUCUCGGCCUUCCCCGCCGCCAACACCAGCGGCCUCGGCGGCGCGCGUGGGGCUUCCAUUGUUUGCCUGGGCCUCCAGCCGUCCAACAGCAGCAACGUGACGGCAGCGCGCAAUGGCAGCACCAGCGCCGGCGCUGCCAGUGCCAACGGCACCAGCAGCGGCGUCGUGAGCGUUGCGGGACUGCUGGUGCCGGCCUGGGGGCUGCUGCCGGCGGCGGCGUGCCAGGUGGCGAGUUGUGCGCCUCCGCCCGGAUACUUCUGGAACGUCACGACGGACGGCCCCAUCCCUUGCGGCGGCAACAAUACGGACGCGGUUGCGGUGUACCGGUUGGAAGAUGCGGAUCCCUCGCCCGCGCCGCCGCCUGCGGCGGCGCCGCCGCGCCCCCUGCCGACUGCCUCACCGCCGCUGCCGGCGCCGCCCGGUCCAAAGCAGCGCCGCGCGUUACUCCAGCAGGAGCUGCAGCAGCGGUGGCUGGCAAGGAGGCAGAAGGCAGGCGUGGCGGUGGCUGAGGCUGCUGGGGCUCGGGCUGGAGAGCGGAGGCGGAGGCGGAGGGCGUGAUGAUGCGCAAGAGCCGGCGCUGUCGUUGCUCGGACAGACAAAGUAGAUGUGUGUGAAAGUGGUGAAAAUGCACUAGCUGGAGGUUCGUUUUACAAACAUUAUAGCUGAGGGCGCGUGGGCGAGGCCCAGGGAACGAACCCGGAUCCCCACAGAUACGCCAGUGACACGAGCGUUCCGGCAGCAGCAGCCAUGCGGGCCCCAAGCCGUGCGGCGUUGAGUCAUGAUAAUUACGAGUCGUGGCGUAAAACACCAAACGCAUCGUACGUGUAUGGCCGUGCUUGGCCGCAGCAGGACUGCCAUUGUUGGCGGUAUCGCCGUGUGAUCAUAUGUGGGGUGACUUAGUAAUGAGUAUUAUGAUUGCCUGUAUAUAAAGGACCAUGCGUCAAGCGGCGCCUGUUGAUGUGUGACCGAGCGUGCCGCCAUAUAUAUGUUGUCUUCUAGUACUUCAGGGUGUGUCAUUGGAAUGCAGACAGAGAAACGCGGAGACGCGGGAACGUCUGUAUGGGGGGCGCCGCUUGGCUGUUGCAUCAGGGAGGCAGCGGCAAGAGGGCUGUGUCGGCAAUGCAUGCCGCGCAGCAUCGGCUUGCAAGUCUACCGAAGUUGGGAUGUGUUGGGGGUUGAGGUGUAUGGAGGAGUGUGUGGAUGGGUGGCUCUUGACGAGGGCACCCAGCAGCGUGGUGGCGCUGCGGCCGUGGAGUAUAGUGAGGCGGAUCAAGACGGAUCAAGGAAUUGCCAGCGCACUGUCAUUGUCCGGCCGAUUGGGAGCAUCCGAGACGAGGGGCAUCCGAGGGUCUCUAGUACUCUGCACUCGCGUUCCGACACGACGCAACAAUGUGUUUGGUCUACGCCUGGAACAGGCGACAACCGUCACAAUGGAAGAGGGCUAGCGGUGUGACUGUUAAGGGUCACGCGGUGACAACACGUUAGUGACGUUGCACGGCCUGAGGUAGAAUACCGUAGACUAGACCGGGACAAUUAUAGACAGGCAACCUCUUACGUCUGCUGGCUGUGCUGAGUGCCUUGAAUUGUAUGGCAACUCUGAUGUCUCAGGCUCAUAGUACGGUAUAUACAGGAUAGAGCCGCAAAUUCACAACAUCAACAUGCGUGCCUCGGGCAUCAGCAUGGCUGUGUUACACAUGGCACGUCCACAGCAAUGCAUGAUGCGCCGGCCAGCCGCUGGCUUGGGGUUAUUCCUUCGAGGAA